ACGAAGCAUUACAUGAACAAUAAAAAAAGGAUUUUAAAAAACUCUUUAAAAUGUAUUUGAAAAUCUAUCCUUAUCCAUUGUUUCCUAUUUUCUUAGUAAAUAAUAUGCGAGAUAGUAGAGGCGCGCGUUAUUUAGGCGCCUACAUUAAGGAGGCGCGCGAAAGAAACAAGCGUGGCGAGGUGGGGGAGACUAAACGCGCAAGCACACGCUUCACCAUGUACGAGAAAAUUGAGCGAGCGAGCACUAUAGAAGAGUUUCUUUCUUUGAAAGUUUACAUUAGUAAUCGGGGAUACUUCAGUUGUUUAUAUGACGUAGAUUUUUGAAGAGGAGGAACUGCAUAGACCUCUGCUUGCAGUCAGAGAGUCAGUCAGUCAGUCGUGAGACAGUCUUCUUGUGAAAAAGACUAAAAACAGUAUUCAGUUUUUCGAAAAAAUGGAAAGAUUAUUUCACGUAAUUCGAGUUACGUAUCCGGCGGAUGCGAGAUUGAUGGUACAUAAUGAGGAGCAACUCGUUGUGCCGAUAAGGCACUUAUUAGAAUUAAGGAUUACCAGCCCCCGCCCCGUAAGUUUUAUUAUUUAUAUCAAUUUUAAAUUACUAUUUUAUGUGUACAAUUGUAAUAUUAAAUGUUUUUUCCUGUUUUUGUUUCAGAACAUCUCUCGAGACCAAAUUGAGAUAGCAGGAUUUAUCAAUAUAUCCGAUGCGAAAUAUAGGCGCUGGUACCGUCAGUGGGACCAGUGGUAUAAUGAAAGAGAGUGGGUCUGCAACGAGUGGGACCUGGAGGAUCAAUGGGACCUUCAAAUAUUAUUCGGAGAGCGGGUCUACCAGGAGGAGAUCUGGUGAAAAAAAUUAUUAUAGAAUUUUUUAAUACAAAAAUUUUUUUUCUGUUUUUGUGUAAAAUUUUUCAAAAUACAUAUAUGAAUUUUAAUUUAUGUACCAAUUUUUUUCUCCUAUCACUUAUUCACCUUUCCUUCAAUCCCCUCAUUAAAAAAAUUAUCGUGAAAACAGCGAUAGAGGUAGGGCGGUAGCGGGU